CCCGGCCUGCCCCCAGAAGCUCAGCGGGGGAGGAAAUGUCAGUUUGUGAACCUGCCGAGGCCGGUCCGCUCCAGGCCGGAGCAAGCAGGGACCUCCCAACGCCCCAGGAGCCAAGCGCUGGUGAAGAGGGCAAGAGUUCUGACUCCAGCCUGUACCUGGUGCCUGCGCCUCUGCCCUGGAGUAGGAGUGUCACCAGAAGCUGAUGGAUACACAAGCUCUAGACCCAGGGACUGGGGGAGCCUAUGGUGCCACCAGCCACCUCCCCAACAAGGGGACCAUGUCUAAGGCCAAAAAGAACUUCAGAGACUUGAUGUCCAAGUUGACAGAAGGACAGUAUGUGCUGUGCCGGUGGACAGACGGGCUGUACUACCUCGGCAAGAUCAAGAGGGUCAGCAGUCCUAAGCAAAGCUGCCUUGUGACUUUUGAAGAUAAUUCCAAAUACUGGGUCCUGUGGAAGGACAUACAGCACGCCGGUGUUCCUGGAGAGGAGCCCAAGUGUGACAUCUGCCUAGGGAAGACAUCAGGGCCGAUGAACGAGAUCCUCAUCUGUGGCAAGUGUGGCUUGGGCUACCACCAGCAGUGCCACAUCCCCAUGGCAGGCAGCGCCAACCGCCCCCUCCUCUCUCCGUGGUUCUGCCGACGCUGCAUCUUCGCACUGGCUGUGAGGAAAGGCGGUGCUCUGAAGAAAGGCGCCAUCGCCAGGACGCUGCAGGCUGUGAAGAUGGUGCUGUCCUACCAGCCCGAGGAGCUCGAGUGGGACUCGCCGCAUCGCACCAACCAGCAGCAAUGCUACUGCUACUGCGGCGGGCCUGGAGAGUGGUACCUGCGGAUGCUGCAGUGUUACCGGUGCAGGCAGUGGUUCCAUGAAGCUUGCACCCAGUGCCUCAAUGAGCCUAUGAUGUUUGGAGACCGGUUCUACCUGUUCUUGUGCUCCGUGUGUAAUCAAGGCCCAGAGUAUAUCGAGAGGCUGCCCCUGCGAUGGGUGGACAUAGUUCACCUGGCCCUCUAUAACCUGGGAGUACAGAGCAAGAAGAAGUAUUUUGACUUUGAGGAGAUUCUGGCCUUUGUCAAUCACCACUGGGAGCUCCUGCAGCUUGGCAAGCUCACCAGCACCCCUGUGACAGAUCGAGGACCGCAUCUCCUCAAUGCUCUCAACAGUUACAAAAGUCGGUUCCUGUGUGGCAAGGAGAUUAAGAAGAAGAAGUGUAUCUUCCGCCUGCGCAUCCGUGUCCCACCCGCCCCUCCAGGAAAGCUGCUUCCCGACAGGGGGCUGAUGCCAAGUGAGAGAGGGACCUCUGAGCUGCUCCGGAAGAGAGGAAAGAGCAAGCCUGGUUUGCUGCCUCAUGAAUCCCAGCAGCAGAAAAGGCGAGUCUGUAGAAGAAAAAGAUCAAAGUUUUUGCUGGAAGACGCUAUUCCCAGUAGUGACUUUACUUCCGCCUGGAGCACCAACCACCACCUGGCCAGUAUAUUCGACUUCACCCUGGAUGAAAUUCAGAGUUUAAAAAGUGCCAGCUCGGGCCAGACCGUCUUCUCGGACGUGGACUCCACUGACGCGGCCAGCACCUCGGGCUCUGCCUCCACCAGCCUCUCCUAUGACUCCAGAUGGACGGUAGGCAGCCGCAAGAGGAAGCUGGCAGCCAAAGCAUACAUGCCCCUGCGGGCAAAGCGCCAGGCGGCCGAGCUGGAUGGACGCUGCCCCUCAGACAGCAGUGCAGAGGGAGCUCUGGGCCCUGAGCCCCCAGACGAAGGCAUUGACAGCCACACGUUGGAAAGCAUCAGUGAAGAUGACUCCUCCUUGUCCCACCUCAAGUCAUCUAUCACCAACUACUUUGGUGCAGCUGGACGGUUGGCCUGUGGGGAGAAGUAUCAAGUGUUGGCUCGGAGGGUCACGCUAGAGGGCAAAGUUCAGUACCUGUUGGAAUGGGAAGGGACUACCCCUUACUGAUUACCCCUCAGGAGCUGUCUAGAUCCCUGGAAACCAAAGGAGGGGCAGACGAAGCCAUUGGCUCCCUGUUUUCUCCCUGCUGGGGUGGUGGAGGGAAGCAGGACAGGGCCGGAAGGGCCUGGCUAUCUGCCCUGCCUGCUGCCCGCCAGGCCAAGGCCUGCGUGCUGCUGUACUGAUUGAUUGCCUGUGUCCAGACCCCGCUGACUUUCUCAUUGUCCAUACACUCCGUAGCCCUCAAACUGUUUGUUAGUCCCUCUGGUUCCAAGGUACCCUGGAUGUGACCCUUCAUGACCCUGAGGCCUGAAUCUGAUUUUUACGAUGCCCAGUUCUAUGUUUUUAACCCUCCCGGGUGCGCUGUGUCACCACCCGUCCCCCUCAUGCACAUUCCGUCUGUUCCGCACUGGACAGCCUUCACUGGGGCCACAGCGUGAGAGAGGAACCCCACACUGAGGGUCUUCUACUUUCUCACCGACACCCCCAAUGCCGGGAAGGUAGGGGUGUCUGACCCUGGGGAGUGAUGAGCUGGGUCUCUGCUGAAGGAACCAGCAUCAGGGUCCUUUACUGAUGCUCACAGGAAAGACCACAGGGUCCCAGAGGUUUGUCUCCAGCAAUAACCCUUCACUGUUGUCAAGGAGUGGAGCCUGGCCUUGUUCUUAAACACUUAGACCUCAAAGGAAAUGAUGGGGAGCGAAGCCAGGUCAGACUAAAUUCCAGACCCAUCAUAGUCUAACACCAUACCACUGUGUGGACGGACACACACACACACACACACACACACACACACACACACACACACACACCAGUCACAUUCCCUCUGGGUACCCUGGUUCCUGUCCUUGGCCUCUUCCAGGGAUACAUGCUGCAAUUAAAUGUGAAAAACAAACUCUUGCCCUCUGGCUAUAAACCAGCCUUGACCCCCACAGAGAAGCACAAAAGACACCCCUCUCCUGGAGAGCACCCGCCUCACUCUGUAACUGACAAUCACUUUGGGGACAGGCUGGGGUUUUUCAAGGACCUGACUCAUUCCCUCCCUUCAGAAAGGAAGUCUUUGUCCUUGAUGGUAGUAAAUAGAACCCUUAAAAUGGACAAACAGCCCCAUCUGGAGAGAAACCAAAGUUAGGAGGUAGGCAAGGAGCCCUUAAGUGGCCUGCAGAAGUAUUAGAAACUGACUGACUUGUUGGAAAGCAGAAAGAAGUGCCUUUGGGGUGGGAGGCAGGGGCAGCAGACUGGGACCAGUCCCCUGACUGCUGCUGUGACUUUAGCAGGGUUUUGCAGGCUGCCAGUCAGAAGGAGGAGAUGGGCAGCAUGGGAGCAUCAGACCUAUAUUAGAGGGGCAGAUAUUUCCAUGACGAGGCCUGACCCCUCCACAUCUGUCUGAGAGCACUCAGGGGGUCCCAGGAGUAGGUUAGAUGGCCCUUGCCUUAAACCAACUGUAGUGCCUUACAAAGGGGUAGCGCCUCUCACUCUGGACACAGCCGCCCAUUUCCUCCUGCUUCCCUGUCUUGUCUCAGGCAAGGAUGAGCAGAUGGCACUGGUCCCCAUUCUCAGUCUCCCAGCUGCUGCCACUGAGAUACCCAGGUGGGGCCAGGUGAAGGAGAGUUGGGAAGCCAACUCCCAGGCCAGCAGGAGUGUGGGAACUGGGGUCAAUUUGUGGCUUCCUGUUGGCCUCAGCGAGCAUGCCAACCUCCAACAUCUGCUUUCCAGGCUGCUCAGAGAACCAGAGAGCAAGGCUGGCUGUCUGCCUUCCCCUGCUGGGUCUGAGGGGCAGGAGAGGAGGUGCUUGUUCCAUUGGGAAACUGGGCACAAGGCCUGAGCAGGUCACCUGACCCCUCAUACCAGCAUUUCACUCCCACAGAUAAUGGCUGCAUUACUGGCAACUGACAGUAUAACCCUGUGCACCUUUGAAAAGAUUUUGGUUUUGAAUUGCUGCUUUUAAUAUUUGUUAUAUUAAAAUUAUAAUUGUUGUCUGGUU